AUGAGCUUCUUGGUCAACACCGCCUCGGGGGCUUUCUUCGGCGGCAGGCAGACCUUCGGGCGAGCCAUAGAGCCGCGGAUUCCGGCCACGGUGGGCGAGGAGCGCCUCCACAACAGCCUUGCGCAGUAUAUGGGGGGCCGCCGAAACCUCGCGUCCAGAGGCGGUGCAAUGUCCACCGGGGGUGAGAGUCACACAUCUAUCAGUGUCACUGCUGCUACCGCUGACGGAGCCGCCACGGUAGGAGGAGCGGACAGAUUGGUCGGCGAGGUGACGGCCCCUGCGACUACGAACGGCGGCACUGCGGCGGUGGCGGCGGCGGCGGUCGGUAACAGCAGCGCGAACACCACGGCCUUGUCCCUGAGCGGCGACAGCGGCAGCACGAUGAACACGGGCGACAGCCAGGAGAGCGCCAAGGGCGUGGCCGCCGCCGCCGCCGCCGCGGCCGCUCCGGAAGAACUUGAUCGUAAGAAGAGUAAAUUUCGUCGAGGGAGCAAAGGGGGCAGCAGCAGCGGCGGAGGAGGAGAGGAAGAGACCAAAGGAGGUUCCGCUACUAGAAGAGAUGGCCCCGCGGAACGAAUAGCCAAGCGGUCCAGCUUCGGGGGCGAGGAUGACGAGCCCGUGGAGCCCGGGGAGAGAGCGAUACAGUGCAGCUGCCUGCGAAGAUCUUGGCCUUGGGGGAAGAUAUUUUCGGGUGUGGUGACGUUAGGUGGAGUGGUGGUGCUGGUGGUGUUGGUGGCCGCGGCGGGGGACUCAUCGGGUAGCGGCAGGCGCUUGUUUUCGCCGCAGCUGCUGUCGUCAAGCGGUGGCGGGCCCCCCUCUUCUCGCUGGCCGGCGCGGGGGCGGCCUGCUGUCGGCGCCGGCGGUCACGACAUGAAGGUCUUGCGCUAUUCUCACUCGAGGCGGAGACUUUCAGCGUCGAGAGCCGGUCUCGCUGGCGGUGGGAGUGCUGCUCGCCUUCGAGGAGUACGUCCGAUGAGUUUCGACAGCAGUACCCAGGCAGUCAGCGGCUGUGGAGAUGCCACGGCUAGUGGUGAUGUUGCGGGUGCUGGUGUCGGGGGUAGUGGCGCCGAGCCGCCAGGGGGGGGCGGGGAUGGGGCAGGCGGGAUGGAUAGCAGAGGGCGGGGACCACCAAGAGGGAGGGAUGGUCGGUUGCGGGGGAGAAGAAAAAUGUCGGAGCCGGAGCGACGAAAGGAGGAGGACGCCCGUGCCACCAGCAGCGGGAGUACAGAAGAAGGUGUCACUACCUAACGAAACUUGUUGCGCAACCCUC